AUGGACUCAUCAUCACUGCACGACGUUGCCUCCUCAUACUUUCUCACCUCUACUCCUUUCGAAACAAAAGAUCUCCAAUAUAUCGACCCUCAGGACCCUUUUGCCAUUUCAUUCUUCUACGGACAGAAUUAUACCCCGUCGUACGGCUCACCACAAUCAUCGAUCUACGAAUCAUCGUCUAGUAUUAGUGAUUACGAACCUUUGUCCGACGAAUAUUCCUCCUGUGGUAGUUCUGUAUUAUCUAGUCCAAACCUACCCCAGGAUUUUCUCGAAGAAAGAAGAAAUUCAUUCGAAUUUGGCGAAGAAUUCGAACAAGACUUUAUUCACAGUCACUUGGAUUUUAGUAACUUUGCUCCGUUCCCUCAAAUCAACGACGAAAACACUACCAUGCUGACCCCCAACACGCAUGCCGCCCUCGAGGCAAUAGCGGCGGAACAUUCUCUAUCACAAUGUUUGAACGCUCCCCCGACUCUCAACUUGUUUCCGGCUACUCCCAUCACGCCUACCAAAGCACAAGCCAUCGCUGAUAGUCUAUAUCCUCAUAUACCACCCCCCUUGGCAAGGAUGGUUACCGAGGAAACAAGGCACAACAUUGAUACCAACAUGGUACAACGGCUACAUACAAUGAACCUCGCUCCACCCAGACCGUCUCGCAGAUCCAGAUCGUCAGCUCCGUUUCAUUGUCCGCACGGUGAUUGUCCGAAAACCUUUACCCGUCAGUAUAAUCUCAAAUCGCAUCUCAGAACACAUACAAACGAACGUCCGUUCGUCUGUGGGUAUCAAGGAUGUUCGAGAGCAUUUGCAAGGCAACAUGAUAGAAAGAGGCAUUAUAACUUGCAUUUGGGAUUCAAACCGCAUGUCUGCUCACAUUGUGGAAGAGCGUUUGCGAGGUUGGAUGCCUUAAACAGGCAUUUGAGGAGCGAUUCCGGUGCUCCGUGUGCUCAGGCUGUCUUGCCUAAUGGUGGUGCGAAAAAGUUCAAGGCGGUUAACAUGUGA